AUGCCUCCUCAAACGAUACCGCAGCCUAUACUAGAGAUCACCAACUCUUCAAGCUCUACUUUCCACUCCUUCGUCCCAAGAGCUAAUAUAACACCCAACUCAUUUCAGACGAAUACGGUGAUAGCAGCAUGUGUCAUGUUCUUGGCUAUUCUCAUAGCGUGGAAUCUACCGAUACUGAGGGAUGCUAUAGCGGGGUUGAAGCUAUUCACCGUGGGAGUGCAUGAGCUCUGUCACUUGGCCAUGGGUCUAAUCUGCGGAGGACAAGUGGUCAGUAUAUGUAUAGAUCCAAACGACGGAGGUGCAACCCACGUCAUGGGAUUGAUGAGGACCACACCGAGGAUACCGCGGAACCCCUAUGCCAUGCCCACUUUCGCUCAGACAUUUUGGAGUCCAAGUGCAGUAGCGACUUUGGCUUCUGGAUAUAUCGGUUCAUCGAUAGUUGGAUUUCUGUUCAUUUUUUCCGGAUUCAACAUCGUCGCUUCGAAAGCUUGUGCUUUGGUAUUGCAUUUUGGAUUACUAGUGCCGGUACUGAGAGCGGAUCAUUGGAUCGCAUACGCGAGUAUAAUAGGAUGUGAGGCUCUCUUGAUUGGACUAUGGUUUGGUGAUCAUGGAAAUGCUUUACGAUUCUUCGUCCUCUUUGUUGGAGUGAUGAACCUCUUUUACGUGGUAUGGGACUACAUAGACGAGAGACUAUUCGAUAAGAGGAAUACAUCGGAUUGUGCUCAAUUUUCCGAAUUGUUGGGUUGGCCAACAAGCUCGUGGUUCAUAUUCUGGUUUGUGUACGAUUCACUCGUCUUCACCGCUGCGAUCUUUGCGGGUAUUUGUGUUUUCAGGAGAACGGAUGAACAGAUGUAUCGAGAAGCAUCCAAAUUCCUUCCGACGAGAUGA